UUGUCAGUCAAAGUCAACUUGUAGCGAAUGUUGUCUGCGUGUCGUGCCAGGCACUUCAAGCAAGCGAGGAAUCAAGGACAAUAAUGUCAAUGCAAUAUCCUAGAUUCAACCUGCAAGUCCAUUUUUGGAAUUUAAUUACCACUUGAAAAUCAAAGUCCUUGUCGACUCAAAUUUCUGGGAAUUUACAAACAGUGUGAAUUUCCACAAUGAUGAUGACAAUACGGUGUCGAAAAUUAAAUCUAAAUUAAUUAUGAGACAAAGUCAUUGUUGACCUUGACUUCCCGACACAAGUUGUAAGCUUCCUCUUUUAAGUCCCAACUGGAAUGGGAUGCUUUUUCAGUUUUCACCUCCCCUAUCCUCCCUUAAUCUAAUUUCACCGGCCAUGAAUGGCCUACUGAUCUACCCAUAUUCACUCUGCCUUCUCCUACUGCUACUUCUCCAUGCUAAUUCCAAAGCCAUUCAUAUUUUGCCUCAGGAUCUCGAGGGGGAGGAGAGAGAGGAGUUUAUCAAAGAUUGCCAAACGAAUUCCCCCUGCGGAGGAAUAGAUAUCAGAUAUCCCUUUCGCCUGAUCAACUCGACUCCUAUGUACUGCGGCGUUCAGGGUUUGGAGGUCUCAUGUUCAGCUGCCGGUGAUGCCACCAUCAAGCUUCCUCGUUUAGGGCCCUGCAAGAUCGUCCACUUUGAUACUGAUUCAGUUAAAAUCAAAUUAUUAGGGGAUGAAUGGGCUCAGUGUCCGCUGCAAAAGCUCAGCUCCAUCAUUCCCACCGGCUUAUUUUACCAUGACUACGAGCAUGACAACGGUUAUGAUUAUAUGCUGGUGAACUGCUCGAGUGAAACAGCAACAGAUCCGGAAUGGAUCACCGGACCCAUCCCGUGCCUCGGCAAUGGAAGUCAAGGGGAGUGGAUUUAUGUAGCGAAGCUUGAGGCUUCCAUGGACCAGCUUCCGUCAGGAUGCGUGAGCACUGGAAUUGGUGGUAAUAUCGAAUAUUAUGCAGGUGGACCGACGUUUGGAGAUCAGGUUCAGGGAUUCAAUCAAAUGCUACAGAUGGAUGUAUCUCUUAAUAUUCCAGAAUGGGAGAUGUGCAGAGACUGCCAUGAAGAAGGAAAGCAAUGUGGAUUUAGCCGCAGAAGAAACCAAACUGCCUGCUUAGCGAGGCGCCAUGAAACAACAAACAUUGGGCGCAUAGUUGAAGAUUUAGUUGGAACAUUUAUAGGUGGUCUUGUAGUUGUAGGUGGUCUUGUAGUGGCAUUAACAUCUCUUAUUAUAUUGUUUAUAUUAAAGAAGAAGUCCCAAAAGGAUGAAGAAAUUCGUUUCAAGGUAGAACAUUUUCUUGCAACAUAUGGUGAUGCACAACCAACUCGAUACUCUUUUUCUGAUAUUAGAAAGAUCACAAUGAGAUUCAAGAAUAAGUUAGGGCAAGGUGGAUAUGGAAGUGUGUACAAGGGAGAGCUUUCGAAUGGUAUUCCGGUAGCAGUUAAGAUGCUCGAGAGUUCAAAAGGGGAAGGUCAAGAAUUCAUAAAUGAAGUUGCAACCAUUGGAAGGAUUCAUCAUAUUAACAUUACUCGCUUGUUGGGAUUUUGCACUGAACGAUCAACUCGUGCUCUCAUCUACGAGUUCAUGCCAAAUGAAUCCUUAGAGAAGUAUAUUUUCUCAAGACAAGACAAAGGAAGCAACAAAUCAUUGAGCAUGGAGAAAUUGUUGAACAUUGCAAUAGGCAUUGCUCGAGGCAUUGAGUAUUUACAUCAGGGAUGUGAACAACGUAUUUUGCAUUUUGAUAUUAAGCCACAUAACAUUCUAUUAGAUUAUGAUUUAAAUCCAAAGAUUUCAGACUUUGGACUAGCAAAACUUUGCUCAAGGGAUAUUAGUAUCGUGACAAUGACGGUUGCUAGAGGCACAAUGGGAUAUAUUGCUCCUGAGAUGUAUUGUAGGAAUUUCGGGACGGUGUCAUAUAAAUCUGAUGUCUAUAGUUUUGGUAUGCUGUUGUUGGAGAUGAUAGGAGGCCGAAAAAAUCAUGAUCCUGAAAUAGGAAGAGAGAGUGAGAUUUAUUAUCCAGAAUGGGUGUAUGAUCGACUAGUUGAAAGACAAGACUUGGUAAUGACAAUGAAAAUGGAGCAAAAUGAUGGAGAAAUAUUACAAAAACUCUCUAAGGUGGCUUUAUGGUGUAUUCAAUGGAGUCCAACUGAAAGACCUACCAUGACUAGAAUUCUUCAUAUGCUUAUAGGGAGCUCAGAAGAAGUGCACAUGCCUCCUAAGCCAUUUGUCUCCCAACACGAAUCAUGAUUAUGCUAAUUAAUAAAUGUGUCAAAUAUGUAAGUUCUCUCCUUUUGUGUGUAAGUUCUAAGUGACUUAUGGUACACAUGAAAUUUGAUCAUUUCUAAAUUCAACUGUAACAAUACAAUCCUUCAUAUCGUAGUGAAUAUAUUCUAUGUUGAAGUAGAGGAGAGAAUUGGCAAGAAGACAACUCUUUAUUUGCCUUUUUUCUAUUCUUGAAAAUAAAGCAUGACAUUAUGACUUAUUAAU